AUGGCCGGUGUGGAGGGUUGUCAGGCCGGGGAGAAGAAGAAGCGGAAUAAGAAGAUGAAGGUGCCGGAGGACGAGAAAGGCGCGGGAGAGGGCAGCGCAGUGCCCGGGGAGCCGGAGGAGAGCUCAGCUGCCUUCCCGCCCACAUUCAGCCUGUCCGAGAUCAAGAACAAGCAGCGCCGACACUUCAUGUUCCUGAAGAUGAAGCAGGAGAAGAGGAAGGAAAAGAUCGCUAUAAAGAAGAAACGUAAGAAGGAGAGAGAGGCGCUUGGUGACAAGGCACCACCCAAGCCUGUUCCCAAAACGAUUGAAAACCAGCGUGUUUAUGAUGAGACAACAGUGGAUCCUGCAGAUGAAGAGGUAGCAUUUGAUGAAGCUACAGAUGAAUUUGCACCUUAUUUUAACCGACAGACAACACCAAAGAUACUGGUCACAACAUCUGAUCGCCCUCGUGGGCGGACAGUAAAAUUUACAGAACAGCUGUCAUCUAUCAUUCCAAAUUCACAUGUUUAUUACAGAAGAGGCCUGGCACUGAAAAAAAUUAUCCCACAGUGUAUUGCCAGGGAUUUCACAGAUCUGAUUGUCAUCAAUGAAGAUCGGAAAAUUGCCAAUGGGCUUGUCCUGAGUCAUUUACCAGAUGGUCCAACAGCCCACUUCAAAAUGUCAAAUGUUCGCCUGCGCAAGGAGCUUAAGAGGAAAGGAAAAGACCCCACAGAGCACAAACCGGAGGUCAUCCUAAACAACUUCACAACACGUCUCGGGCACUCCAUAGGCCGCAUGUUCGCCUCCCUCUUUUCCCAUGACCCCCAGUUUACUGGACGACAGGUGGCCACUUUCCAUAACCAGCGAGACUACAUCUUUUUCAGAUACCACAGGUACCUGUUCAAGAGUGAAAAGAAAGUUGGUAUCCAAGAGCUUGGACCUAGAUUUACAUUAAAACUAAGAUCCCUUCAGAAAGGAACCUUUGACUCGAAGUAUGGAGAGUAUGAAUGGGUCCACAAGCGGCAUGAAAUGGACACGAAUCGAAGAAAAUUCCAUCUAUAA